AUGCUCGGAUCAAGACCGAUGAACGGCGACGUGAAGCUGACCGGCUUGCCACCCAUUCGGCAAGCUUCCGACACUUGCGAACCCCCCACUGCAGGCAACACGGCAGAGCCGGAGAAGCCGAGUUGGCCAGCAGAGGCGGCCGUCCCAUACGAAGAGAAAUGCGCUUCGGCUCGGCCGUUUCGCACUUUUGACUUUGACGGCACCCGCGUCGAGGUGCAGGCCAGGGCAGCGCAGUGCCGUGCCGUGCGGUGCGGUGCUGAGUCUCGCUGGCUUGUUGGGCUGCACUGCCGUGGAGAAUUCUUUUCGACAUCUGGCUGGGGCAGCUGGCCUGGCAGCUGCGCGUCUGGUGGUGUCGAUUCGCAGUCGGCGGCCGAAGACCAUCUUCAAUCCACCAUCUUCGUCCACCGCAAACUUGCAACAAUGCGGCCAAUCCUUCUCUCGGGCCACGAGCGUUCGCUCACCCAGAUCAAGUUCAACCGCGAGGGUGAUCUGCUCUUCUCGGUCGCAAAGGACCCCGUCAUCAACGCCUGGUUCUCUCACAAUGGCGAGCGCCUCGGAACCUACGAGGGCCACAACGGUACCGUAUGGACCGUCGACGUAGACUCCACCUCCACCCUCCUCGUCUCGGGCUCCGCCGACAACCAGAUGCGUCUCUGGGAGGUCGCAACCGGCAAGUGCCUCUACGUCUGGGAGUUCGCCACCGCAGCCAAGCGCGUCGCCUUCUCCGAGGACUGCACCCAGGUGCUCGUCGUCACCGAGGCGCGCAUGGGUCAUCGCGGCGCCUUGCGCGUCUUCCGCAUCAACCGCGAUCCGGCCACCUGGACGCAGCAGUCGGCCGAGCCCACGCGCACCAUCACCUUCUCGGGCCCCAAGGCCGUCGUCGCCGCGUUUGCGCCGUGCGACCAGUACAUCAUCACCGGCCACGAGAACGGCAAGGUGGCGCUCUACUACCACGACGACAAGGAGCCCGAGAGCGGCAUCGACGCCGAGCUCGAGGAAAACUCCACCGACGCCCACCCGGGCGAGAUGAUCUCGGACCUCCAGAUGAGCGCAGACCGCACAUACUUCACCACCUCCUCCAGGGACAAGACGGCCAAGCUCAUCGACUCCAAGACGCUCCAGGUCAUCAAGACGUACGCCACCGAGACGCCCUUGAACUCGGCCUCCAUCCACCCGACCAAGCCGUUUGUCAUCGUCGGCGGUGGUCAGGACGCCAUGAACGUCACCACCACCUCGGCGCGCCAGGGCCGCUUCGAGACGCGCUUCUGGCACAAGGUGUUUGAGGAGGAGUGCGCGCGUCUGCCCGGUCACUUUGGCCCCAUCAACACCAUCGCCAUCCACCCCGCCGGCACCGCGUACGCCUCGGGCGGUGAGGACGGCUACGUGCGUGUCAACUGGUUCGACCCCGGCUUCUUCAACUCGAAGCUCUACGGCGCCGACCUGGAGCUGGCGCUCGAGGACCAAUAG